AAUUCAGCUCAUUCGAAUUAUGCAAAAAGUAAAAAAGAACAUAAAUAGUAUAUACGAGUCCUAGUUUCAUAUAAUAGUUCCAUAUAACAAACAUUAUGGAAGAAGAUUAUCCACCCGGGUUUCGUUUCUUCCCAACAGAAGAAGAGCUUGUUGGCUUCUACCUACACAACAAGCUAGAAGGCCAAAGAAAUGCCAUAGCCAUAGCCAUAGACAGAGUUAUCCCAGUUAUUGACAUCAAUGGAGUUGAGCCUUGGAACCUUCCAACACUUGCUGGGGAGCUUUGUCGUGGGGACACGGAGCAAUGGUUUUUCUUUUCGCCCGGUCAAGAGAGGGAAACCAGGGGAGGCAGACCCAGCAGAACCACAGCUUGUGGGUAUUGGAAGGCUACAGGUUCUCCUUGCUAUGUUUACUCUUCUCACAACAAAGUCAUUGGGGUGAAGAAAUCCAUGGUCUUCUACAAAGGAAAAGCACCUAUGGGAACAAAAACCAAAUGGAAGAUGAAUGAAUACAGAGCCAUCCAUGUCCCUUCCCAAUCCACCCCUGCCACCCUUCAUUUGACAUGUGAAUUCAGCUUGUGUCGGGUAUAUGUCAUAUCGGGGAGCUUUCGAGCAUUUGAUCGACGACCAUUAGAGAAAGAAGGAGCAGAGUCGCGGGUUCAUAGAAUUGAGAAUAAUUUUGGUGGGGCACGUGCUCACCAAACUUGCCCUCACUCUCAGAUGCUAGAAGCUGGAGAAUCAAGUAGCACAAAGUGGGAUGUGAAUAAUAAUAAUAAUAAUAAUGGGUUCCAACUUCAAGAACCGUUGUGGGAAUUGGAAUGGGAACAUUUUAAUUGGCUCUAACUCAAAGCCACAUGCUGAGACCUUAAGAAAGACUCCUCAGGGAAAUGACUCAUUAAAAUAUGACAUCAACCAAGUCUUAUAUAUACAUACAUAGUCAUUGAUACGAUAUUUGUUUAGAAUUGGAUUAAGGAAAGUUAGCAUAGAAAAUCAUGUCAUAUUAAGAAGGAUUUUUGUUAUUUAACCCCAAUUAGUUUGCAGAUAGCUUGUAUGUAGACGAUACUUCCAUGUAUUUCUUUUUCACCCACACCAACCUUGUAAAUUAUGUCAAUUAAACUGACAAUAAAUUAUGUCAACUCAUCUGUCCAUAUAUGUUCGGACUUUUCCUUUUAACAUGUAUUCACAGAAUCACAGCCUAUGAUUUAACAA